AUGCCCCUCAUCGCCCAAAACCCCGUCCCAAGGGUUAUCCUGGGGUUGAUGACCUUCGGAAAAGACGAGUCGAAAGGCGCUAGAAUCACGUCACUGGAUGAAUUCAACAAGCACUUGGAUUAUUUCCAGCAACAAGGUUUCAACGAAGUGGAUACUGCGCGGCUUUACAUCGGAGGAGCCCAGGAGGCUUUCACUGCAGCAGCGAAAUGGAAGGAACGAGGCUUGACUCUUGCGACAAAGGUCUACCCUUACACUCCUGGUAUCCACAAGCCCGACGCUCUUCGCGAGCAUUUCGAGACCUCCCUUAAAGAACUCGGGACAAACCAGGUCGAUAUCUUUUACCUGCAUGCAGCCGAUCGGUCUGUCCCAUUCGAUGAAACAUUGGAGGCAGUCAACGAGCUUCAUAAAGAGGGCAAAUUUGUGCAGCUAGGAUUGAGCAACUUCACUGCUUUUGAAGUUGCUGAAGUCGUCACACUCUGUAACGAGAGAGGCUGGGUACGACCGACCAUUUACCAGGGAAUGUACAAUGCUAUUACACGUUCAAUUGAGACCGAGUUGAUCCCAGCAUGUAAGCGUUAUGGCAUUGAUAUUGUCGUCUACAACCCUCUGGCUGGUGGUAUUCUUUCCGGCAAGUACAAGACGAAGGACGUCCCCGCAGAGGGCAGAUAUAGCGACACCGCCGCAAGUGGCAGUCUGUACCGGAAACGAUACUUCCGCGACGCCACCUUCGAGGCAUUGUCUAUCAUUGAGCCUGUAGCACAAAAGCAUGGGCUCACGCUUCCUGAAACCGCUUUGCGCUGGAUUCACCACCACUCUAAGCUCAACAUCAAGGACGGCCGGGAUGGAAUUAUCGUUGGCGUGAGCAGCUUUGCUCAACUAGAAAGUAACCUAAAAGACGUCCAAAAGGGGCCUCUCCCUGAGGAAGUUAUCGAGGCACUGGAUAAGGCCUGGCUGGCCGCCAAAGCGACUACUCCGGAUUAUUGGCAUCUGGAUCUCAAAUAUACAUACAACACCCAAGAGGCGUUGUUCAAGCGGAAGUCAAAAGCUUAG